AAUUGCAGGCAGUUGUUGUGUGUAUGUAGGCGGUGUAAGUCGUUUAUUAAUCGCGUGCCGUAUGAGUAACAAUUAUGUUCGGAUUUUAAAUAAAGUUUUAACCAUUUUUCUGUAUGAAAGUAUGUCCAAAAGUGCAUCGUAAACGCUUCAACAAUGGUACAGCACAGUUUCGGAUCCCCCGUCUGUAUACCGGAUGGAGGAGUUCCGGACAUGACGCGCCUUACGGAAUUGAAUGAAGAAACGGUCAACAGCAAUUUGAAAGCACGAUACGACUUGGACCGGAUUUAUACAUACACUGGCACAAUUCUGGUAGCUGUCAACCCUUACAAGGACAUCGACAUCUAUUCCCAAAAUUACAUCAGCAGAUACCAUGGAAAGAAAAUGGGAAGUUUGGAACCGCACGUUUUUGCGUUGGCAGAAGCGGCGUACUCCUCAUUACGGCGCGGUAAACCGGGCGGCGGCACCAUGAAUCAAAGUUUAGUUAUUAGCGGCGAAAGCGGAGCAGGAAAAACGGAAAACACAAGAUUUAUUUUGCAAUAUUUAUGUUCGGUUACGAGCGGCGUUUCUGCUUGGGUCGAACAACAAAUUCUAGAAGCGAAUACCAUUUUGGAAGCGUUUGGAAAUGCGAAAACGGUCCGUAAUGAUAAUUCAAGUAGGUUUGGUAAAUUUAUGCAAGUUUGCUUCGAUUCACGUUCGAUGAUUGCCGGCUGUAUAAUACAAGAUUAUUUAUUAGAACAAUCUAGGCUUACUUUUCAAGGGCCUGGUGAGAGAAACUAUCACGUAUUCUACCAGUUAGUCGAAGGUGCUAAACACAACAAGGAGCUCGCAAACCAAUUGUGUCUCAAAGACGCAGAUUUUUAUAAUUAUUUAAACCAAUCGGGUUACAUUAAAAUGGAAGGAGACGCGAAACGUCUAGAUAAUUUACGAUUAGCAUUUAAUGUUUUACAAGUUCCUCCAGCUAUGUGCAAUGGAAUUUUUCAGACACUUUCCGCUAUUCUCUGGUUGGGAAAUCUUACGUUUCAGGAUGUCGAUGGUGAAAGGUGUCAGUUGACUCAGGGUGAUAUCAAUAUUUUAGAAAUAGUAGCGAACUUAUUAGGAUUAGAUAUAGAAAAUUUAAAUCAAGUGGUUCUAGUACGUCAAAUUAAUGUUCGAGGGAAUAUUACAGAGAUACCGUUAAAAUUACAAGAAGCUAGAGAAAACAGGCACGCAAUGGCAAAAGCUCUCUACUCAAGAACAUUUGCGUGGUUAAUAAAUCACAUAAACACCUGCACCAAUCCAGGAAAGAACGAUACAAGUUUUCUAGGCGUGUUAGAUAUCUUUGGUUUCGAAAACUUCGCAGUGAAUUCCUUCGAGCAACUUUGUAUCAACUACACAAACGAAAAGUUGCACAAAUUCUUUAACCAUUACGUGUUUGCUUUGGAGCAAGAUAUUUAUCAACAGGAAGCUAUACAUUAUAAUCACAUAAGUUUUACCGAUAAUACUUUAUGCUUAGAAUUGUUAGAGAAGCCACCCCGUUGUGUUUUAAGGUUGCUAUCAGAACAAUGCCAUUUACCAAAAGGUUGUGAUUCGUCGUAUAUUACAAAUUUACAUGCGGAAUUUGAAAAUCACGAGCAUUAUGUUAAGGGUGAAGAUAGAAGAAGGUGGGAGACGGAAUUUGGAAUCAAACAUUAUGCUGGACUUGUAAUUUAUAAGGUUAAAGGAAUUGUAGAUAAAAAUCGUGAUGUUCAACAAGAUGUAUUUUUUGAUGUGAUCUCUAGAAGUAGUAAUGAAUAUGUGAAAGACUUAUCGAAGUAUCAAGAUUUGCUGGGAAAUGCUGCUAGAGUUGAAGGUUCUGGUAACGCGACAGUGUCAAGAGGUACCAGUAAAGGUAAACCAACAGUUUCAGACACAUUUCGUCACCAAUUACAAGCGCUAGUUGACGUUCUCCAAUCUACCACCUCUUGGUAUGUACGUUGCAUCAAACCGAAUGCCUUCAAGUACCCCAACAACUACGAUAAGUCUUUGACAUUGGACCAGUUAAAAUAUUUAGGAAUGUUAGAUAUUAUUCGAAUAAGAAAAGAAGGGUUUCCAAUUCAUAUGAAAUAUGAAGAUUUUGUAGUUAGAUAUUAUUGCCUGUAUCGAGGACGUCUUCCAAACGAUGUUGUCACUGCAACUAAAAAUAUAAUAGAAACGUUAAAUAUUCCAAAAACCGAGUGGCAGUUGGGGAAAAGUAAAAUAUUCCUGAGACCUCAUGCACACGAUCCGAUUGAAGAUGCACGAAAUAAAAUGAUCAUAGCAAAGGCGGUGUUAAUUCAAAGGACUUACAGGAUGUACGUCGCGAGAAAGAAUUAUUUGCAGAUACGCAAGGCGAGUCUUCAGCUACAGCAUGCCUAUCGUGGUUGGAAGCAGCGCAUACAAUUCCUAAAAAUGCGUAGAGCUGCGAUUAUUAUUCAAAGUCAUUUGCGUGGGGUGUUCGCGAGGGAGGUUGCGGCCGCUUUGCGUGAGAUGCGUCGGGUUGAAGAGGAAAUGCGUAAGCGGGAGAAGUUGGAGGAGGAGAGGAGAGUACGCGAAGCCGAAUUGGCGGAGUUAGCGGAGCGGGAACAGAAACAGCUUGAAUUGGAGCAAAGUGAGCAAGCCGCACAAAAAGAAAUCGACACGUUGUCCCACAUGGCCGAGCAACUGAAACCGCGCUUAACCGAGCAAACCACCGAAGCAGUCGAUUUGGACAACCUCUUCGCGUUUUUAUCCGAUGUGCAACCUAGCCGCAAUCAAAUAAUCGACGAAAUUGGCGAGAAAAUGGACGAGCUUGUAGAAGACUUGGAUGUGGAAUUGGAAACUGUAAUUCAACAAGAACUGGAAGGUCUGGCUCAAGAGCAACAGCAACAACAGCUUGCGCCGAAAUUAGGUCCGCCAACCCUGCCCGAACCUACUGAACCACCUCCUCCGCCUCCUUCGACUGAAGUACCCAUUGUUCAAGAAAAGACCGACGUCAGUGAACCGAUUUACGAAGCUGUUCUUCCACGUGAUGAUGCUACUUGCGUUUCACCACCACCUCUACCGGCGCCUCCGAAAUUACCUGUUGAAUCGCCAAAACAGAGUCCACCAGUUUCUCGCUGUAGCAGUACUGGGCCACAAUCAUGGCGGUAUCAAGAACAAGAAGCUAACCCUGAACGUGAGCAAAGACGAAAGCAUCGUGUCGAGAAAAAACUGCAAGAGCUUAACGACAUUAGGGAAAAAGAAAACACCACCGAAGACACAUACCAUGACAUGGUUGAGUUUGCCCAAAACUACUUUAACGCGCACGAACGCAGCCCCGAAGGUACAAUCAUGGCAACCCUGACGCGGAAACGCCAAAGCGCCGAAAUGAUUCCCAAGUACGAAAUGGUCACAUAUUAUAAAGGGAAUAGCAUCCCCAACUCCCAUAUUCACAUGUACGACCCCGAUAACGUAAACGUAGCCUGCACUGUUUUUAGGGAUCUCUGCAAGUACAUUCGCGGCGAAUUAAAUCCUGAACGGGAAUUAUCCGUUAUACAAAGCAUCAUCGGUUACGCGCUUGAGAGGGAGGAGUUGCGUGAUGAGAUCUUGGUCCAAUGUGUACGGCAGGCUACCAAUAAUCCUCAGCCCGAUUGGGCCGAGCGCGUUUGGCUGUUGCUCUGUCUGUGCGUUGUUUCGUUCCAACCUUCAAAAUUGUUGAUACGCUACUUCAUCUCGUUUUUGCGAAAGAAUACGAGCCAAACUGGAAGAAUUGCGCAAUACGUGCAAUGGUGUCUUGAUAAUUGUAAUAACAGCCGAGUAAAAGUUAGAGAGCACCCGCCUUCGUCUGUUGAAGUCGCUGCGAUGAAACGACUAGGCACGAUCGUUUGCCGUUUCUUCUUCCUGGAUGGUCGCACCAAGGCUAUUGAUGUUCACCCGACCGAUACUGCAGGUGACGCCUCGCGUAAGUUAGCCGAAAGAUUAGGGUUGCGCACGUUGGAUGGUUGGGCGAUUUAUCAGAGUCGACCCGAUGGAGAGGAGCAUGUACGUGCACACUAUUUCUUGUAUGAUGUUAUAGCAGCGUGGGAGCAACAGAAUCAAAAUAAACUCGUCCCUUCUGGCGGUUUGGCGUCAUUGGGACGAAGAAGUGGUGCUACUUUGACUGGUGGUGAGAAUAGGUUUAUAUUUAAACGACGGUUGUUUAAAACCAUACGGGAAUUAAGUCAAGAUCCUGUUGAAGUGAAUUUACUUUAUGCCCAAGCAGUACAUAGUGUAGUCAAAAGUGAUGAUUUUCCGGUGACCGAAAAGGUGGCUUUGCAACUGGCUGGUCUACAGGCACAAGUGGCGUUAGGAAAUCCGAAAGAUAAUAACAAAUUAGAGUAUUACACUGACAUUGACACCUUCCUACCGUAUCGAAUAAGUCGUACUCGAGGUGAUGACGUGUGGGUACCUAUUUUGGCCGAAGCGCACGUUCAGUAUGGUGCUGGGCGUUCGGAAUUGACAGCAAAAGCCUUGUAUCUUUCCUGCGUAAUGCAAUACCCCCUUUACGGUAGUACCAUGUUUCCGGUUACUUACCGUGGUUAUUGGUCAUAUGGGAACUCUCUAAUACUCGGCAUAAACAACGAAGGCGUCAUGCUUAUUAAACCCGAUGAUAAAUUUGUGAUCAAUGAGUAUCGAUAUCAGGAGGUGGAAAGUAUACUCAUAGACCCUAGCGAUAGUUUUAUCACGCUCACUUUACAAAGACACCUAAAUGAGAGCAACCACAAGUGUUUUGUGUUUGAAACUACUCAAAAAAAUGAAAUUGGCUCACUGAUUGCCAGCUACUGUCUUAAUCUCGCCGGUUGGAUCACCGAAAACGACGCCCCACCUAAGAAACUUAAAAGUAUUACGAACGAAGACCGAAUUCGGCUGUAUCACAAUUUGGUAAACUGCAGACGCGCGCUUGUUGACAACGAUAUCUUGCGCAAACCAACAGACGCGGCCAGUAACUUUAUACGUAACACUCUAAGAAGGCUCAGUAAGCAUAAAUUGGAUAAACUACGACAAGAGCAUGGUGGAGACUCCGGAGAGACGUACAAGGGUUUUCAUUACGCAUUUUGGGCGUUUAGCAGACAACCGCUUUCGCAAAGUAUCAGUCGAAUGCCUGAAGCUGAAGAACAAAUUAUGCUUCAAGUCUUUCAAGUGAUACUUACGUAUGCUGGGUUAGGACAAAAUGGUGAAGUAAUUCGGCGAGCGGAGGAUGAACAUGUAACGCUACUACAGUCAAUAUUGGAACGCUGUAUGAGAAAAGAGUCUCUCCUGUGCGAAUUAUAUUUACUUUUAAUAAAACAAACGACUGAUCACCCCGAUCCCAAUUCCAGAGUAAAUUUACGCCAUUGGGCUCUACUCUCGUUGGCCUGCUCAGUGGUGCUGCCGCCUAGUAAAACUAUUCGUAGGUACUUAAUCGCCCAUUUGAAGAGGUGCAGUUCGGAUUACGUGACAGAAGAGGGGAAGUACGCGCGAUUUGCGGAGAAGUGUCUGUCGAAAACUCAAGGUACUCGCCGAAGACAGUGGGCACCAUCGAGGGAGGAGAUUAUUUGCACUAUAAAUAGACGUCCGGUAUAUGCAAGGUUUCAUUUUAUGGAUGGUCAGUACCAUUCUGUUGAAUUUCAUCCUUCGGCAACCGCGCGGGAUGUCCUGGAAAUUGUCAGGGAUAAGGUCGGGCUUAAGUCUGAUGCGAAAGGUUACGCCAUUUACGAGGUUCUGGGAAGCACUGAGAGAAGUUUAUCGGGGGAGGAAAAAGUGGCGGAUGUAAUGGCCAAAUGGGAAAGAUACAGGAUGGCAACUGCUGCAAAUACUGUAAACAGUACUGGAACAGCCAAACGUACUCGGCCUCAAUAUCACUUCUUCCUUUUUAAGAAGCAUCUCUUCUUGGACAGUUUUCUUAAUUUAUCCGAUCCUGUUGAAAAGGAAUUGCUUUAUCACCAAGUUUUACACGACCUUCGCGCGGAUAGGUUCCCUAUCACAGAUAAAGAGGCGAUGAUGUUAACGGCGCUACAAGCACAAUUAGAAUUAGGAGAUUGCACCGAUCUUGUACCCGAUUAUCGGCCUAUCGCCAGCCAUUGCCUACCUCCACGACUAGUACCGUCCAUUCCACAAGAGGGCGUGAUUAUGCACCACCAAUCGUUGCGCGGCAUGACGGCAUCAGAAGCGAAGCAGGCCUUUCUAAAUUUGAUUCAAAGUUGGCCUCUUCACAAAGCGACAAUUUUCGACGUUAUGCAAUCGUUUACCUCCAACUGGCCUAGAGUGUUAUGGUUAGCGGUGGAUCAAAGUGGUCUACAUUUACUCGAACAUAGAUCUCGCAACGCUUUGUGUACCUACGAAUAUUCAAACAUAUUGAGCUUCGCACCAGCUUUGAACUGUCUUAUGAUAAUAACAGGAAGCGAACGAAAACAAAGCAAAGUCAUUCUUACGACGGCCCAAGCUUUCCAAAUUGCUACUUUAAUCAGAGAGUAUCUAGAAGUUCUUCAUGGCGAAGCAUGCGAAACGAGACGUUUACAAGCUCCCAAUAAUCGACCAAUCAGUGUUCUUCACCAACAGCCACCAUUAGUACCUCCACAGCCUAGCUAGAAAAGAGUUACCUUCGCCGAUCAAGUAACUGCAACGCAUAUUUGAGAUUUACCGUUAUUUAUUAGUGAUCUCAUCUAAGCAGUUAAUUGAUCCAGCGAAGUUUCUUGUUAAAAAUGUACCAAAAGAACAAAGACUUAGAUUUAUUCAAGUAUUAAACAAAUUGUCUAGUAUGUUCAAAUUGUAAAAAGUGUAAAUGGAUCGUGACUUA